CUCAACUUGAGCGCCCGCCCGGCCGAGCAUCCAUCAGUCCGCCCGCGUCCUGCCGGCUGCUUUGGCGGGAGAAGAGCAAGGCGAUGGCGGUAAAAGGAGCUGCGAUGAUGGUGCUGCUGCUGGCUAGCUGGCUGCUGUGUGCGGGCAGAAUGUGUUGUGUGGCCGGCCAGGAGGAGGAGGAGAAGCAGGACGCCGAGUGCAAGAUGAAGAGUGUGACGGUGUCGGCGCUGCCCUUCCUGCGGGAGAAGGAGCUGAGCAUCAUGCACAGUCCCUCCGUGUCCGAGGCCAAGCUGCUCUUCUCCGUCACCAACGACUUCCCCGGACACCUGCUGCUGGUCGACGACCUGGACAACACCGAGCUGCCCUUCUUUGUGCUCGAGAUCUCCGGGAACUCAGAAGACAUCCCCCUGGUGCGGUGGAGACAACAGUGGUUGGAGAACGGAACUCUGCUCUUCCACAUCCACCACCAGGAUGGAAGUGUCCACCCUCUACAACCUACUGAGGAUCCUCACAACACUUCUGCCAAGGAGGAGCUGCGCAUCCUGCAUAUCUCUGUCAUGGGUGGGAUGAUCGCCCUCCUGCUCUCCAUCCUGUGCUUGGUCCUGAUCCUCUACACGCGGCGCCGCUGGUGCAAACGCCGCCGCGUCCCUCAGCCUCAGAAGAGUGCCAGCGCCGAGGCGGCCAACGAGAUCCACUACAUCCCCUCGGUGCUGAUGGGCGGGCAGGCCCGGGAGAGCUUGAGGAACACCCGGGGUCAGGGCGGCACCCUCAGCAUCCGAGAGACCCCCAUCCUGGACGGGUACAAGUACGAGUACGACAUCACAGACCUCCGCCACCACCUGCAGAGAGAGUGCAUGAACGGGGGGGAGGAGUUUGCCAGUCAGGUCGGCCGGACUCUGGACUCUCUGCAGGGCUGCAACGACAAGAACACCAUGGACCUGACUGCUGUGAGCGACAACAAGAUGGUGUUGAUGAACAAGUACAAAGACAACAUGAUCAACAACAGUCCCCUGCAACAGAACACUUUACUUCCUCACAACACCAGCGGCAGUCAACACAAACGUUUGUCCAGCAACACUCGAGCGGGUUCCACCUUCUUGAACCCAGACGGGGACUCUGGCACAGAGGCCGACAGCGAGCCUCAGCUGGCCUUCUACACCGACCCCAGCCGCAGUCGGCGCCGAAGUCGAGGUAUGAGAAACGGUAACGUCAACAGCGCUUGGGGUUCCGGGGCAGGGUCCCCCAGGAGCCCCAUCAGCAAAACCACUCUGACCCUCAUCAGUGUCGUCAGCUGUGUCAUCGGCCUGGUGUGCUGCUCGCACAUGUCCUGCACUCUCUCUGUGCGGGUCAUCCUACAUGUCCCGGAACACCUCAUCGCUGACGGGUCUAGGUUCAUCCUGCUGCAGGGCAGCCAGCUGGAUGCUUCCGAUUGGCUGAACCCGGCCCAGAUCUUGUUGUUCCACCAACAGAACGCCAGCGGGCCUUGGAUCAACGACUUGUGUGGGCGUCGCCUGCUGGACCCUUGUGAGCACCAGUGUGACCAGGACACAGGACAAUGUCUGUGUCUCAACGGCUACAUGAGGGACCCCGUCCACAAGCACCUGUGCAUCCGCAGCGAGUGGGGGCCAAACCAGGGUCCUUGGCCUUACACCAUCUUCCAGCGUGGAUUCGAUCUGGUGAUGGGAGAACAACCUUCUGAUCGCAUCUUCAGGUUCACUUACACACUGGGAGAAGGAAUGUGGCUUCCACUCAGUAAAAGUUUCGUCAUCCCACCAGCAGAACUGGCCAUCAACCCUUCUGCCAAAUGUAAGACGGACAUGACGGUCAUGGAGGACGCCGUGGACGUCAGAGAAGAACUGAUGAUCAGUUCCUCCUUCGACUCCUUGGAGGUUCUUCUGGACUCCUUCGGUCCUGUCAGAGACUGCAGCAAAGACAAUGGAGGAUGUAGUCGCAACUUCCGCUGCAUCGCCGACAGGAAGCUGGACUCCACCGGCUGUGUGUGCCCCCCCGGCCUGAGCCCCAUGAAGGAUGGCAGUGGUUGCUAUGACCACCACCUGGGCAUCGACUGCUCUGACGGCUUCAACGGCGGCUGUGAGCAGCUGUGUCUGCAACAGCUAGCACCUCUGGAGGACGACCCCAGUCUCUACAACAUCCAGAUGUUCUGUGGGUGCAUCGAGGACUACAAGCGAGGACCGGACUCCCGGUCUUGUCUCCCCUUGUCCGAGUCCUGCACAGAAGGACUGGACUGUGGCGACGCUGUGGACGUCCCUGCAAACCAGACCGUCUUUGGGGACCUGUUCUUCGGUUUUAACAACCACAGCAAGGAGAGCACCUCUGGACAAAUCCUCAAGGCCACCUUCAGACAGAAGAACUUUGCCCGUGGCAUCGAGCAGCAGCUCCCAGACGGCAUGGUGGUGGCUUCUGUGCCCACCGAGGUCCAGUGCCAUGAGGAACUGUCCGACCCGGUCCCGGACCCGGACUACCUCACAGGCCUGGUGAACUACAGCGAGGUGUCAGGUUACCCACUUGUUCAACGUUGGAGUCUUCGCUCGGUGCUCUACCACGUCAAACUCAACCAGUGGGUCUUAUCUCAAGGGUUCAGUGCUGCCAUCCACUCCCUGGACGGAGCGACUCAGCGCGGCGACUUUGAGAAGAUCCUGCAGGACUUUGGCAACCACUAUGUUCAGGAGGCCAUGUACGGCUUCCAGGAGUCCUGCACCAUCUGGUACCCCAACAAGCAGGUCCAGAGGCAACUGUGGAUGGAGUACCAGGACAUCAGCAAAGGUAACUCACCUUCGGAGGAGUCGGAGGAGCACGACAAGGAGCCCAGAACCCUGACCUACCCGGCCUACGUGGCCAGCCUGCUGGACACAGGCGCCAAGCGCAUGGCGGCGGGCGUGAGGAUGGACUGUAGCAGCCAGGGACAGUGUCCUCGGUCCUGCCACCUGUGCCACAUGAGUCCCAGGCCGGCUCAGGGACGCCCGGAGUCUCUACCUGUCCUGCUGCAGAUCACCAAGGCCGCGCCCCUCUACGAACUGGUGUCCAACAACGAGACCUACCAGGCCCUGCAGGAGGCCAUGAUGAGCACCUUGUGGUGUUCAGGUCAAGGUGAUGUCAUCCACGACUGGUGUCGCUGUGACUCCGCCUCCUUUGGUGCUGAUGGACUGCCCACCUGUGCGCCUCUGCCUCAGCCCACACUGAAGCUGUCGUACGCCCACGAGCCCAGCAGCUCGUUAGUGAUGAUGGAGUGGAAACACACGGAGCCUCCUAUUGGUGUUCGCAUCAGCGAUUACCUCAUCAGUCAGGAGAAGGUGACGGACAGGAGCGACCACGCCAAAGUGGAGACUGAGAGCGUGCUGAGCUUCGUGGAUGACAUCUGGUCGGGCGGCAGAUCUCCCUGCGUGAUGUUGGCUGACAUUCCCAACCUGACGUCGUCCUCCGUCAGCCUGAUGGUGCGCUGCCUGGAGCCCGACACCACCUACAUGUUCAGGCUGUGGGCAGUAGACAACACUGGGAGGCGGUCCAGUCCCAGUGAGGUGACCAUCAAGACUCCAUGUCCAACUGUGGACGACGUCAAGGCACAAGAGAUCUCAGACAAGAUCUACAACUUGUUCAACGGCUACACCAGUGGUAAGGAGCAGCAGACAGCCUACAACACCCUGAUGGACUUGGGUGCACCCACCCUGCACCGGGUGCUUUACCACUACAACCUGCGCUACCACACCUUUGGAGAGUUCACCUGGAGGUGUGAGGACGAGCUGGGACCAAGGAAAGCGGGCCUGAUCCUGUCCCAGCUGCAACAAGUGUCCCCGUGGUGCAAAAGUCUCCUCCAGGAGGCCAAGGUGGGUCUUCGCAGGAUGUCUCUCCAGUUCUUGUCCUGCCGCUACAGCGACACCAAGGUGAACUGGGCAGACCUGGACCAGGACCUGCACAAGUCCUGUGAGCAGCAGACGCUAACUGUCACCUACAACGACUACGGCCAGCCCAAGGAGUUCUGAUGCGGUCGCUGCUACCACAACUGCUGACUGCUGGCUGAUCUUUACAAGGAACUAACUUCCAUUAUUCCAGGAAAACUUUGUGCUAACUUUAAAUUAUUGUUUUGCUUACUUUGUACUUUAAUUACUGUUGAUGAUACAUCUUAUUAAUUACUGUUGAUGAUACAUCUUAUUAAUUACUUGUAAAGUACAUAUAUAUAUAUAUAUAUAUAUAUAUAUAUAUAUAUACAUAUAUUUAUUUAUUUGCUGGUCUUAUACUGGCAUUGAAGUCCUAAAAACACAAGAUGGCGUUAUAGUACACAUCUCAGUCUCACACCAGUACAUACAGUAUGUACAGUACAUACUGUAUGUACUGUACAUACUGUAUGUACUGUACCUAGUGUGUUUGCAGGUAUUUAAAUGUCUUGUGUGAUAUGUUCUAGUAGUAAAACGCAGUAAAAGUGAUUCUUCUGUAGUACUUUUAAAAUACACUUGUUACUCUGAUUGUUUACUUCUACUUCAGUGCUUGACUCUUUUACUCCAUCCUGUGUAUUCCUACUACUAUGUACUACAUUCUAUGUACAUUGUACAGUUACACUCUACUCCAUCCCAUGUAUUUCUACUACUAUGUACUACAUUCUAUGUACAUUCUACAGUUACACUGUACUCCAUCCUGUGUACUUCUACUACUAUGUACUAUAUUCUAUGUACAUUCUACAGUUACGCUGUACUCCAUCCUAUGUACUUCUACUACUAUGUACUAUAUUCUAUGUACAUUCUACACUACUACUAUGUACUACAGUGUGCUCCUCUGCUCAGGAGUUGACUUAGAUGGACUUCCUUCGUGGUUUAUUUCCACUCAAUAUUCACAUUUGGUUGUAAGUACACUGGAUUGACAAAGUACUCACAGUACACGCACAAUAAGUACUUUGUGGUCUUGAAGUACUGCGCCAGUUGCAUCAAUAAACCAUGAAGGAGGCGACAGUACGUCAACUUGUGAGCUGACAAAGUACUGCAAAUACGUGUACAAGCAGUAUUUCACACACAGUAUUUGUGUACUGUGUACUGCAGUGUACGUGACACAUGCAGUACAAAUAAAAAAGAAGGUAGAUAAUGUAGCUGAUAAAGAGUAUUGUAAUAUAUGAGUCGUUGCUGUCUGACUUUGAAUGUUGUUGGACUAACUGAAAUAUCUCUCAGUAGUACUACUAACACUGCAUGAUAAAUGUACACAGUAUUACAGUACUGCUACUUUCAAUAAAGA